CCUUAGAAAUCAGUCUUUCGUUGAUAAGGCCAAUAAAGUGGCCAUUUAUGCUCAUGCACGAUAGUCUAAAUAGUCGAAAUGAGAGCUGGCAGACGGCCGACACAGACAUCUGCCAACAACAUAAGCUAAUUGCCUAGAGCCAUGACAACCGGAGUCAAAAGCGCCGGCAUGAAAGUCAUAAGCCAUAAUGAGGACAUUGAUUUUUGGAAACUCGACGACUUCAUCAAUUCACACUCUUUUCGCCGGAUGAAAACUAAAUUCCAACUUUUCUUUUACGAUCGUUUUGUUUUGAUACUCACACCGGUCGAGAAGACGUUACUGGAUGUAAUUUACACGGAUUUGGACAUUUUCGUUGCCGUUUGGGAAGCGGAGAACUGUCUUCCAAUAACGAAUUCGGAGCGAGGUCGUGGAAGCGAUGACCGACGUGAAAUAACCGGAGUGAUUGUGACUCGGAAUGCAUGUUCAACGAUUCCAUUUGAAAGCAUUACAAAGGGUGAAUGGAGAACAAUGAGUGAAAAAAAUAUAUUCACACGUGCCAGUUUGAAGGAUGUACGUGCAAUAGGCAUGCUAAACGAUAUAUGUAAAAAUCCAAAGGAAGACCAUGGGCGAACUGAAGUGCACAUCCACUCAAAGGAUGAACUAUGUAGGGAGAGUAAUUUCGUAAACGAUGACCUCACUACGACAUCUGGAAUGUGUGCAGAUUUAUCGACCGAUACUGACCAACAUCUUGGAGGAAUGCGGUCGUUUGAUGAUGUGAGCACGAAAACCGGAUCAGAAUUCAAUACGAGCUGUGUUAUCGACAUGAAGUCCGGAGUGGAAGCAGACUGGAGGAGGGAUGGAGUCGAUGAAGCGAGAAAUAAAGACUUCAGUAUGACGCUUGCACUGUCGUUAAGAACAGAUAAAACAAACUUUGACCAUGUUAAGAAAGACGCGAAACAUGACCAAGAACCAAGCACCGGGUUGCUUUCGAAAACGAAGCACAGAACCAAAGUGCGACAGAAUUUGAUUGUCGCCGCAAUUUUGCUGGCAAUUGCGAACUUUCCAAAUCCCGUUGUUUCACGAGCUGAAAACGAGCUUUUCACGAAGGCAUUAGGCCACUGGGUGAUCUCGCAGUUCAUGCUACUGCCUUUUCGGAUGUUCGAAAGAUUUGCAAUGAUGGAGGAACUGAUCGUACAGUACGACCGUCUUUCUCAAGUUACAUUACGUAAACAUAGCAAAAGAACCCGAGAGAAUGUAAUGGAAGCAAUGCAAGUUGUGACGGGGACUGCUGCCGAGAAUACAGCAACAAUUGGCAUCGAGACUACGGCUACGUCGCUUGGUCACGCGGCCGCAGGCGUCGUGUUAGCGGUAUUUGUUGACAUCGCCGUGACGGCCAGCAUGUUGGCACGUGCUAAAGUACGCAAAGACCGCGGGAAAAUCACCGUGAGACAAUACAAACGUGAAGUACGUGACCGGAUAUUCCAAACCGGAUGUCAGUUUGUCGCCGGCACAACCGGCACUAUCGUUGGCCAAAUAGUAGUGCCAGUGCCCGUAGUGGGCGCGGCCAUCGGUGGGUUCGUUGGCAGUUUGGUAGGACUCGGCGUAAGCAAGGGUGUGACGAAGAUACAACGGGUGGUGGAAAGGUUUAAAAGACGUAAAGUGCUGAUGAUGAUCAAGAACGAGCACACUUCUAACACGUGAAACAUGGCUGUGGCACAGUAUGGGGAAUAUACAGUAGGUCCACUUUGCUGUGCAACUGGCUGCUCUAUAUUUAAUUAGAUUACUGACUGCCGUCAGCCAUUUCAUCAUUCCAAUUGGUCAAAAAAAGCAAUUGACAGGCUGCCACUAUGGUGAUCACACUAGUAAUAAGAUAUGCAUGGUACGAAAAAUUGGAGUGGCUCUACUGUAUAUUCAUUAUACUGCGACUGUGGGUCGAGUCAAUUUCUCAA